ACUGUCAAUAUGCUGCGUAGAAUAACAGCGAAUAUACCCAAAAGUACACCUAGAAUAUGCUCUAAUAGUAAAAUAAUACCAAAUAUAUCAUAUAAACCUAUUUUGGCCCCUAAAGUUAGGUUCUUGUCGCAUAGUCAUGUGAGAUUAGACAAUCCAUUCAACCAGCAACCAUCCCCAGGUCCACAAGUUACUGGUGUUGGAGAAUAUGACGGUGAUAAAUCUAAGAAAAAGAGUGACGAUAAGCAAACGCUUGUUGACGUUCUAUCAAGCAAUCCAGCUUUCGCGGCUGUGGUAUCAACAUUACUCGGUUUAUCUGUAAUUUUUGCAUGUGGAGGUGCCUAUAUGAUUUGGUACAAAUGGAGUGUCCUAAACAAAAUAGAAGAUGCGUUCGCACCAGGUUAUGAUCCAGCUACAGAGCUGGCGAGAAUGUCAGACGAAACUGGGAACUCAGACGAUGAAAUACACAUCAACAGACCAGAACAACCAGUUAUUAAAGACAUUAUAAAUGGAAAUAAACCAGGUAAAUACUAUCUACUCCUUGGCCAAAAAGGUACAGGUAAAGCAACAAUGAUUUUGGACGCUAUGUAUGAAUGCAAUAGCGACAGAAUAGCUUACUGUGAAACGCAUCCAGAUUUGGAAGUCUUCAGAUUACGUAUAGGCAAAGCGCUUAAUUACGAAUUCUUGGAAGACUUCUAUGGUGCGCUCUUCCAACGUCGUGAACCUAGAGAUGCAGGCCCGUUACUUGAUAUUGAAAGAGCCAUGUCGAAGUUAGAGAAAGUUGCAAUGAGAAUACGUCAAAAGAAGGGUAAACCAAUUGUAUUUGUGUUUAACAACCUCCACUUACUCAAUAAUGAUGAAACUGGCGUUGCUGUCAUUCAUCAAUUACAGCAAAGAGCUGAAGCAUGGGCUGAAUGUGGUAUUGCAACUUUUGUAUUCACAAGUGAUGACUACUGGGUAUUAGAUAAGCUCAAGAAAAACGCAAAUAGAAUGAAAAUAUUAUCAGUUAAUGAUUUAGGGCAUGAUGACAGUAUUCGAGCUAUGAAGAGAUUGAGAAAGACACUUUACAAUUACAACAUUGAUGAUCCACUCGUAAGAGAUCUUCCUGACCAGGGUGAAGGUGUCUAUGAAGAAGUUUACAGGUUGAUUGGCGGUAGAAUGUCGCAUAUUGCACAUGUUUCACGCGAAUUUGAUAUGCUUGCUGCUGCACAAAAGCUCGUAGCCGUAGAGAAGGCAUGGUUACAAUCUCAAAUUGGUUUGAUUCCAGACCACGAUGAUGAUGUUAUGGAUGAACAAAAGUGGUCUAGUUGCAGUUGGUGCUUGUUAAAAUACCUCGCUAGACAGAAGACACCAGGAAACGAAGAGGAAGAUGACGAGGAAGAUCUCCCUGAUCCUAUUGAUCCUGCAGCAUCUCCACAUGUUAGUUACUACAAAGCUAGACAACUCAUGACAAGAACAGACUUCCUUGAGCCUCUCGACAGACUUAACAUCGUCAGUAUGGAUGUUAAUCAUAAUGUUAGAAUGGACUCGCAUGUUUUGUUAACUGCUGCAAGAGAAGUAGUCAGUCGAGAAGGUUUCGACCAGGAUCUUGAAACGACAAUGGACAGAGUUUCAGACAUUGAAUGGCUUGGAAGAACCCGCAGACUUGUCGUUACCAAGUCUGUAUAGACAGGCAUACACAUGGACAUUGUUAUGAUUUUUUAAUCGCUCUGCAGAAUUAAAUGAAAUAAUAGAUAUCG